AUGCCGCUCGUACCGCGCGCUCUGCUCUUCGCGCUGGUCACGCUGCUCGUGGUGCUCCUGAUCGUGGAUGAUAUCACACAAGUUGAACGAGAGAGCGCAACUGAGCCGAGACUAAACCCAGACUCAACGGGACUAAACAGACAGGCUGCUGUGCGCAUCAACCCGACCCCUGGCUCCUCCUCAGUGACAGGUGUGACAGGUGCAGAGGGACCCAGUUCCAGGCAGGCAGGGAAUUGGACUUUCAACCACACCCUGGCGAAUCUCAUCAGAAAGGAGAUCCUGCACUUCUUGGACCCCGUGCGGGACAUGUCCAUUCUGAGAGGAGCAGUCAGUCCUGGAGAUACGGUCCACUACGUGCUGGACCGACACAGCAGCACCCACAUCUCAGACACCCUGUACAGGCUGCUUCCCUCAAACCCACCUCUCCGCCGGCAGUACCACCACAGCUGUGCCAUCGUGGGCAAUUCAGGCAUCUUGCUCAACAGCCGCUGUGGGCACCAGAUAGACCAGCACCCCUUUGUGAUCAGAUGUAACCUGGCCCCGGUGGAGGAGUUCUCGGUGGACGUGGGCUCCAGGACAGACCUGGUCACCAUGAACCCAUCGGUGGUGCAGCGUGCGUUCGGUGACCUGCUCACAGACGAGUGGAGACAGCGCUUCGCCCAUAGGCUGCGGGCGCUGGGGAGCAGUGUGCUGUGGGUGCCCGCCUUCAUGGCCAAAGGUGGGGAGGAGCGGGUGGAGUGGGCCUUGAGGCUGAUCCAGGAGCAGGGGCUGGAUGUGCGGACUGCUGUACCCUCACUGAGACUGCUGCAUGCUGUCAGGGGGUACUGGCUGACCAAGCACGUGCCCAUCAAGCGCCCCAGCACGGGUCUGCUCAUGUACACCCUGGCCACGCGCUUCUGCUCCCAGCUACACCUCUAUGGUUUCUGGCCCUUCCCUCUGGACUCCCACGGAGCUCCAGUCAAGUACCACUACUACGACCAGUUGACCUACCAUUACACUUCCAGCGCCGGCCCCCACGUCAUGCCUCUGGAGUACCGCACCCUGAGCGCGCUGCACAGCCAGGGGGCGCUGCAGUUGCACACGGGGCCCUGUGAGCCCGCAGAGACCACGGGGGGGCGCACUGAAGGUCUAGUGGUGUAG